CAAACCAGUCGAAUUAGGAUUGAAAUAUGUAACUCAAUUUUGUCACCUGAUACCACCAGUAUUAAUUCCAAUAGGAAUAUUUUUAAAUCUGGACCCUAUCAAUGUCCUUCUGCCAAAUGCAGUUCGCAGCACAAUUGGUUUCAUGCUGUUGCUAAUAUUUCGAGGUAUGGUCCUCCUCCUCGUGGGAAUUGCACUCACAAAAUCUCUUUGUGCAAACUUGAUCAUUUCCGAACUCGUUGUGGAAGCGACGAACCAGUGCAUCGAUCGAAUAACGAGAAUUGCAAAAAUUAGUUCCACACCUCCCGUGAAGGUUAUGAAGGUCUACAAAGAGGUUCACAUUUGGAACCAAUUCUACAAUAUAAAUUACUGCCGUUUAGUCACACCGGUAUUUGUGCUGUUUGGAAUUGGCAUAACAAUUGUGUCAUAUUAUGGCACGAUCAGACUUCAUGGGGUCAUUCCUACCACGCUGUAUCUCUUAUUCCCCAUAACGGCUGGUAUUAGUUCGACGCUUUUCGUAACGUUGUUGCCCCAGGCGAGUAAAGUUUUUGAAAAGGCGACCGUUUUUCUAGUGAUAAUGAGGAGCAAAUGCUUUUCACGGUAUGGGCGUCGUGUUGCAAGAUCUCUAAAGCCUGCUGGGAUAGAUAGUGGCCCUUCCGGAGUUGCCAAUAAGGCGUGGCUGGUGUCGAUUAUUAGAAAUUUUUUUGAGUAUAUGAUCACGUUGUUGAUUACGUUCUGAGUAAGUGUAAUUUGUGAUAAAGUACUGAGAAUGUAGUGAUGAAUGUAAAUAAAUCUAGAAAACAUGCACAUUUUUGUGUAGAACGAUUUAUCCAUGUAUAAAAGCAUGCACAAGUAUACGGGUAAUUAAAUGACUGUAUGGGUUGUUCGUGUGAAGAUUUCAGACACAUUAAGUAUGUAUGUAUCUAAAAUUAAACUACAAUAAAUAUGAAUCAAUGCGAAAUAGUUUUUAUGCUUCAUGCAAAUUUACUAAAGGUAAAUAUGUAUGUACGACUAUUGUCAUUCUUGAGUAGACGAAUAGCUCUAAUAGAAUUAAUACUUAUCUAUUUAUGCAUUGAAGGUGGAAUAAAUCUAUUACGUGUUGCAUGACAUUAUGUGCAAUAUACAAAGCAUAUUAAAUAUAACACUGAUUACAAUGAUAUACCACUCGACACGAGAUUCCGGAAGUGCCUAAAAAUUACAUUUGCAAAUUCCAGUCCCGACAAAUAAGUACUUAGCAUUAAUUUUUGUUCAUAUCAAAACAUGAAAAAAUAUUUUUGGUUUUCUGCAAUUUGUUUCCUUUCAAUAUGUCUACAGAUAUAUCUCAUUAAUGGCGAAACGCCAACCACAAUGUUUAAGGGUUUUCUCGAAAAUUGCGACAAAGAAUCCUCCAACUGCUUCGGACUGAAGCUCUCUGGCGACACUAAUGCCAACUGCAUUAAGAACAAGGACUGUCACUAUGCCUACGCAUUUUCGGACAACGGGACACACUUUACCAUCCGAGAUUAUCAGCGGUAUGAGUCCAAAGGGAAGAAAAAGUUCCCCAUAAUCAGUCAUGCUAAUUUAAUAAAAUUCUAUAACUGCAACGAAACGAAAUGCACCUGCGCGUCGGGAAAAAAAUCAAUGACGACGAAAGACUUUAUUGGCGUGAUAUAUUUUGACUAUGAGCAUUGUCACAAUGAAACGACACCAGUCACGGAAAGUAUGGGGACGGCACGGCAAUUAAAAUCCGAACUCAAGUUUAAAUGCGAUCGCGACAUAGAUCCAAGUAAGCAAGGCUGGGGUUUCGGCGAUGGAUAUUUUCGUUUUGGAAAAGAUAAUACGACAAUUGGAACAUUGGUUGGGUCCAGCAGUGGUGGAUUUUAUCUGAAGAAUGGGACACGAAUUGAUGUCGAUUGGAAACAGACUAUGUUGAUGGUCAAACCUAUUCAGGACGGAUUUCUGUAUACCAAUUUUAACAAGAGCAGAUCGUGUUAAUUGUGGAUUCAUAAACAGAAUAAAUUGUUUUGGCUAACAAAAAUAUUUAUAGCGAA